UGUGUCCUCCUCACAGCGAGCACCGACCGGCUCACAGAUGAACAGCAGACCGACAGAAACACGACUGUUGAGAACCGCAGACAGGUUCUGACAGCGGCACCGUCCUCGCUCCUCCAACCCAGGCAGGGCGCACCGUCCCGGGGGGGAACCGUGCACGGACCCGGCCUCUUCCUCUGGAGCUCUGCAGUCUCACUCGGCGUCUCUGCUCCACCACCUGGCUUCCCUCGCUGUGUGUGUUUGAGGACAGUUUUGCAGAGCUGUUAAUGUGAGUGCUUCUCACACACCUUCUGGAUUGGAGGCAAUGCCACCUCCUCCUGCAGAGCUCUCCUCCUGAUUUCUGGAUGCAUUUUUGGUUUACAAACCCCGCGGAUUAAGAUUUAUGGAGUGAUUCCCGGCUCAGAACAAACAGUGGAAGUUACAACCUUCAGAACUAAAGACAGAGGCGAGACUGGAUUUUCUCCCGAGGUUCCUGCGACUGAGCAUCUUCUCCCGUCAGUUUUCCCCACACUGAGAUCAACAUCUACCAAUCUGUUACUGCUGGCUGCAUCUGCACCUUCACGAGUGGCUGGAGAGUCUGACCCUAGAGCGACUGUGAACGUCGAUACUUGUUGAGGCCGUCACCGUUUCGCCUUCCUCCUGGCGCUCUUUGCAGUGAGAUGAAAGGAUGCUGCAGGGAACCGACGAAGGACUGAGCCCUACCUGAACACCCCUCCUCCCCCCGACCCUCAGAGCCCUCAGCGCCGCCAUCCCAUCAUGAACCUGCUGUGCCGCGGACGCCUGAAGCUGCUGGUGGCGUCUCUCACGGCCAUCGUCCUGCUCACCUGGCUCUACCUGCUGGCUGGAAACCUGGAGAAUGGUCGCUCCCUCCUGCUGGCUCCAUGUCUGGCCGACACACCGGCAGCCCGAGUCCUGGAGCGAGCCGUCCUCGAGUCGCGGGUUCGAGAGGUGGAGGAAGAGAACCGCCAGAUCCGGUUGCAGCUCAGCCAAUCGCAAGGCACCGCCGCCCAGCCGCCGGACGGCAACUAUGGCAACCAGCAGUGGGGAGCCUCCGCGGACACGGGGCCCGAGGACGGGGACAACACGGCAGAGGAGAAGAACAACCACACGGAGUGUCCCCGAUCGCCCACCGUCCAGAAGUGUGAGCUGAUCCACGUAGCGUGCGUUUGUGCCGGUCACAACGCCAGCAGAGACGUGGUCACGCUGGUGAAGUCUGUCCUCUUUCACAGGAGAAAUCCUCUCCACUUUCAUUUCAUCACCGACACAGUGGCCAAUCGCAUCCUGAGUUCUUUGUUUCAGUCCUGGAUGGUCCCGUCUGUGCAAGUCAGCUUCUACGACGCAGACGAACUCAAGUCCGAGGUGUCGUGGAUACCCAACAAGCAUUACUCAGGUAUUUACGGCUUGAUGAAGCUGACGCUAACCAAAGCUUUGCCCUCAGACCUGUCAAAGGUCAUCGUCUUGGACACGGACAUCACCUUCGCCACCGACAUCGCUGAGCUCUGGGGCAUUUUUAGGAAGUUCACCGAUAAACAGGUGAUAGGCCUGGUGGAGAACCAGAGCGACUGGUACCUGGGCAACUUGUGGAAGAACCACAAACCCUGGCCUGCGCUGGGACGAGGCUUCAACACAGGCGUCAUUCUUCUCUACUUGGAGCGACUGCGGCGAAUCAGCUGGGAGCAGAUGUGGCGGCUGACUGCAGAGAGGGAGCUAAUGAGCAUGCUCAGUACAUCGCUGGCUGAUCAGGACAUCUUCAACGCCUUCAUAAAGCAGAACCCGGUCCUGGUGCACCAGCUGCCCUGCUUCUGGAACGUCCAGCUGUCGGAUCACACUCGCUCCGAGCAGUGCUACACCGAGGUGUCCGACCUCAAGGUGAUCCACUGGAACUCUCCGAAGAAGCUCCGCGUGAAGAACAAACACGUGGAGUUCUUCAGGAACCUCUACCUGACCUUCCUGGAGUACGACGGAAACCUGCUGAGACGAGAGCUGUUCGGCUGCCCGAGUCAGGCCAGUCCAGAGAGCGUCCAGCUGCAGGCCGCCCUGGAGGAGCUGGACGAGGACGAUCAGUGUUACGACUUCCGUCGGGAGCGACUCACCGUUCAUAGAGUGCACCUGUACUUCCUGCAGUACGAGUACACGCCCACUGAGGACAAUACUGACGUCACACUGGUGGCCCAGCUCUCCAUGGACAGGCUGCAGAUGCUGGAGGCCAUCUGUAAGCACUGGGAGGGCCCCAUCAGCCUGGCGCUCUACAUGUCCGACGCCGAGGCCCAGCAGUUCCUACGCUACGCUCAGGCCUCAGAGGUCCUCAAGAACCGCAAGAACGUGGGCUACCACAUCGUCUACAAGGAGGGCCAGUUCUACCCCGUCAACCUGGUGAGGAACGUGGCCCUGAAGAAUGCCAACACGCCCUACGUGUUCCUGACAGACGUGGACUUCCUGCCCAUGUACGGUCUCUACGAUUACCUCAGGAGGUCUGUGGUGCAGCUGGACAUGGCUCACACUAAGAAGGCUCUGGUGGUUCCAGCUUUCGAGACGCUUCGGUACCGUCUGUCCUUCCCCAAAUCCAAAGCAGAGCUGCUCUCCAUGCUGGACAUGGGGACCCUCUACACCUUCAGGUAUCACGUGUGGCCCAAAGGUCACGCUCCUACCAACUAUGCCGAAUGGCGAACAGCCACCACCCCGUAUAAAGUCGAGUGGGAGCCGGACUUUGAGCCGUACGUUGUGGUGAGACGGGACUGUCCAGAGUACGACCAGCGCUUCGUGGGCUUCGGCUGGAACAAGGUGUCCCAUAUCAUGGAGCUGGAUGCACAGGAGUACGACCUGAUGGUCCUCCCCAACGCUUUCAUGAUCCACAUGCCGCACGCGCCCAGCUUCGACAUCUCCAAGUUUCGCUCCAGUUCCAGCUACCGCAACUGUCUGAACACCCUGAAGGACGAGUUCCACCAGGACCUGUCCAGGAAGUACGGCUCGGCCGCUCUGAAGUACCUCACCGCGCAGAGGAACAUCUAAAAACCCAGAACUGCUGAGAGCCAGCAGGUCCGCCAGCCUUCGAGCUCCUGAGCGACUAGGUCCCCGAGAGCUCGGACAUCUACUGACUGCGCCGCGGUGCGCAAAGAAUGAUGGUAAAGCUUUACAGCCCUUUCGAAACAUUCUCGAACCUUGUGCAUUAAUUCUCCAGACGACUCCACCUCAAGGUGAACGAGAAGCAGAGGCGACAAAAACGGACAGCAAAUUUCCUAAACGCAGGAUUGACUCGGCUGAGGCGAUGGACGAGUGUGGAUACUGACGGGACUAGCUUUAAGGCGGGGAAAUAACCAUAUUCUUACAAUUUGUUCUGACAAUCAGGGCUUUUUCCAGAAGACAAAGUUUGUUCACGAGGACAUGACGGGAACAUGUGUCAUCUUGGGGGAAAGAUUUAAAAGAGGACACUAUAUUUGAACUGAGGCCAGUCGAACUGGAGAAAGAUUUAAAGCCUUAUCACGUUCCAUGGUAUUUACUGAGAUAUCUAAUGUUUUAAUUUGUCUUUCUUUUCCAGUGUAAAUCCGAACCAAUGAUUAAUGAACACUGGCAUUUACAAUGUUUUAAUUAAGACUUUACAUGAGAAUCAGUUUAUAUUUCCUUUCUAUAUUUCCUUUAAAAAAAAAAAAAACAAUCCAUCUUGUCCCGGUCAAAUUAUUUCAGAUUUUCUGUGAGCUGCAGGGAUGUGCUUUGUGUGUGUAUGAUCCAGCUGUGUCAUUCUCGCUUUUGUCUUGAUCAUGUAUUUGCUUGCAUGUAAAGAGUUGCACUACGUGUUCUUUACACAUCAUUCACCCCUCUGAAAGAAGCAAAAAUCUAUUAAUGAUAACAGAUUAUACAUCGUUCCUGAUUGGGACCAACACUGAGGCCGUGCAGCGCGCCGUUAUUAAUGACGCUAUUAGCUCUGAAGUGAAGCUGCUGCAGUUCGAUGAAGGCCGGGAGCUUUUCAAUUUACUUAUAUUUCUUCCAUUACAUCUAUAAUGUGUCAGAUUCACUGGAUAUAUGUGCCACCUACUGAACCUACAACCCUGUUUUUGUUUGUAAAGUCCAACUGAAAUACAAAAUUCAAACCUUU